UUAAAGCGUAAGGACCGGGCUCCUCCGCUGCGGAUGAUAGCGUGGUUAUUUUAAGUUUUUCUCCCACUCCCCUUCUCCCUAUACUUCCCGCGUAAUUUACCACUACCACUGAGUGAAUAGAUGAAUUUAUACCAAAGGAAUUGCCGGACCUGACGUGGGAAUAGGCUUUGGAAACUUUGGCUUCUCAUGAGGGGAGUAUCGCGGAUGUUGCUCGAGCACGUAACAGGGAGCGAGACGGUUCUCUCUCGCGCUCUCCCAUAUUCAAAAACAAAUCAGAGAGAAUCAGACUCACCAUCAACAAAGGAUAAACUUUAUGAUGAACUUUUAUGGAAAGGGGAAAACUAUUGCAGAUUAAAUUGUUGCCUUUGCCUACAUUGACAUUGUAUGUUUUAACUUGCUCCGAUGCAGGUGCAGUGAGAAUUUGAACUGCCUCCGAUUGAAUUCUGCUCUGCAAUCUGAAAAUGAUUUUUUCAAAGGAACACAGAUAGGUUCAAGCUGUUUUCUUGCAAUUCGUAAUAGGUAGAAAUAGGUUUGCUCCCCUGCAAUACAGACGGAAACCCACGACUGUCAGUGAGUGUAUGCUACAAUUUUGUUCAAACAUAAAAAAGCUAUAGUGUGUAUUUUUAUCCACAGGGGAAACGUUUAAAAUGAAAAAUACGUUGCUGAAUGACUGCGUUAUUGCAUAAGCCUACCGUUAAUGGCAUUUUUGGGCUAUAUAUUUGUUGGCAUUCUUUACGUCAUAUGUGUGACGGCAAAGCUUUAAAUUGACCCGCUUCAUGUAUCGUUCCUUCUGAGCAGUUGGCGCUUGUUGAAUAGCUUGUUCUCGCUCGAGCGCCCGGAGAUUGCCCGGUUUCAGCGGCAACAGCGUUCACGGAGAGAGGACAGUAACAUCAUCCACGCCGGCACACAGAGAACUCUGGGAAGACUUGGUCAGCACCACAGCAGUGCAACAUGUAUCCAGUGUGCCUGACACACGCUGCACAUUUAGUCCGGCUGGGGACAAUGGUUGGGGAUUCGCCUGGAUUGAGGUGGCGUGCCACAUGGAUUUUAUUGUUUUUUCGGUUUAUCCACUACACAACAGCUCAAGAUGACGUGCCGCCCUACUUUAAGACAGAGCCGGUGCGGAGCCAGUUGCACCUGGAACGUAACAGGCUGGUGUUGACGUGUAUGGCAGAGGGGAGCUGGCCCCUGGAGUUCAAAUGGAUCCACAAUGGCACUGAGCUCACACGUUUCUCACAGGAGUACAGGUACCUGAUUCCCUCCCUGGACCGCUCCCAUGCUGGCUUCUACCGAUGUAUCGUCAGGAACCGUGUUGGAGCCUUACUACAGAGGAGGACUGAAGUGCAGGUUGCAUUUAUGGGCGGUUUUGAGGAGGGUGAGCGCGCCCAGUCGGUCUCUCAGGGGGAGGGGGCAGUGGUUCCCGCUCCACGCAUCAGGAGCUUUCCCCAGCCGCAGGUCACAUGGUUCAGAGACGGACGCAAGAUACCGCCCAGCAGUCGCAUAGCCAUUACUCUGGACAACACUCUGGUCAUCCUGUCCACGGUGGCCCCUGAUGCUGGACGUUACUACGUACAGGCUGUCAACGACAAGAACGGCGAAAACAAGACCAGCCAACCCAUAACCCUUUCUGUCGACAAUGUUGGUGGGCCUGCAGACCCCAUUGCCCCCACCAUAAUCAUCCCCCCAAAAAACACCAGUGUAGUGUCAGGCACGUCUGAAGCCACCAUGGAGUGUGUCGCGAACGCAAGACCACUGAUCAAACUCAGCAUCACAUGGAGGAAGAACAGGGUUCUGGUCACCAGUGGUCUGAGUGACUUCAACCGCAGACUGACCAUUAUCGGCCCUGUGGUCAGUGACUCAGGGUUCUAUGAGUGUGAGGUGGUCCUCCGCAGCAGCAGUGUGCCUUCUGUCAAUGCUGGGGCCUACCUACAUGUUCAAGAGCCUCCCCAGUUUGUGAAGGAACCAGAGAAACACAUCACUGCUGAGAUGGAGAAAAUUGUGGAUAUCCCCUGUCAGGCACGAGGUGUGCCUCAACCAGACAUUGUGUGGUAUAAGGAUGCGGUGCCCAUCAGCCCAGUGAAAACGCCCAGGUAUAGGGUGUUAGUGGGGGGCAGUUUGCAGGUCAACGGCCUUCUUCCUGACGACACAGGGAUGUUCCAAUGCUUUGCAUGGAACCUGGCAGGAGAGGUGCAGACCAACACCUACCUGGCUGUCACUAGCAUCGCCCCUAACAUCACAGCUGGACCAUCUGACAGCACGGUGAUUGACGGCAUGUCAGUCAUUCUCCACUGUGAAACAUCAGGAGCACCAAGACCAGCUAUCACCUGGCAGAAAGGUGAGCGUGUUCUGGCCAGUGGUUCUGUUCAGCUGCCCAGGUUCACCUUGCUGGAGUCAGGCAGCCUGCUUAUCUCCCCAUCCCACAUAUCAGAUGCUGGCACCUACACCUGCAUGGCCAGCAACUCCCGGGGCAUAGAUGAGGCUGCUGCUGACCUUGUGGUGUGGGCUCGCACCCGUAUCAACACCCCCCCUCAGGACCAGAGUGUCAUCAAAGGCACCAAGGCCACUGUGACCUGUGGAGUUACACACGACCCCAGUGUCACGGUCAAGUAUGUGUGGGAGAAGGAGGGCUUGGUCAUCAACGCCCAGUCUAUCCCUCGUAUCCGGCUGGACCCGGAUGGUACCCUCCACAUCUCCCAGACCUGGUCAGGUGACAUCGGGACCUACACCUGUAGGGUUAUGUCGGUAGGAGGCAACGACUCACGCAGCGCACACCUCCGAGUCAGACAGCUGCCCUAUGCUCCAGAGAACCCUGCGGCCCUGCUAAGUUCCUCAGAAAAGAGGGCCAUUAACCUGACCUGGGCCAAGCCCUUCGACGGGAACAGCCCCCUGCUUCGCUACAUCCUGGAGGUCUCUGAGAACAACGCUCCCUGGGCUAUCCUCCUGGCCAACAUAGAGCCUGAGUCGACAGCAGUGACCGUCAGUGGACUCAUCCCAGCACGCUCCUACCAGUUCCGCCUUUGUGCCGUCAACGAUGUGGGCAAGGGCCAGUUCAGCAAGGAGACUGACCGUGUAUCUCUACCAGAGGAACCUCCCAGUGCCCCUCCCCAGAAUGUGAUCGCCAGCGGCCGCACCAACCAGUCCAUCAUGAUCCAGUGGCAGCCCCCACCAGAGAGCCACCAGAACGGGGUUCUCAGGGGCUACAGCGUCCGGUAUCGUCUAACAGGUCUUCCGGUGGACUACCAGAGUAAGAACAUCUCCAAACCCGACGUUACCAACAUUCUCCUGGAGGACCUGAUCAUCUGGACCAACUAUGAGAUAGAGGUGGCAGCCUACAACAGGGCAGGGCUAGGAACCUUCAGCCACAAGGUCACUGAGUGGACGCUGCAGGGAGUGCCGACUAUAGCCCCCAGUAAAGUUCAGGUGGAGGCCGUCAAUUCCACGACCAUCCGUAUCACCUGGGCCGCCCCUAACCCUCAGUUUAUCAACGGGAUCAACCAGGGAUACAAGCUGUUGGCAUGGGAGCCAGGUCAGGAAGAGGAGGUCACCAUGGUUACAGUGAGACCUAACUUCCAGGACAGUGUGCAUGUGGGCUACGUGACGGGGCUGAAGAAGUUCACAGAGUACUACAGCUCUGUGCUGUGUUUCACUACGCCGGGAGAUGGCCCCCGCAGCCCGGCUAACGGCCUGAGGACACAUGAAGACACUCCUGGGGCGGUGGGUGACCUGAGCUUCACAGAGAUCCUCGACACGUCUCUCAAAGUGAGCUGGAGAGAACCUGAAGAGAAGAACGGAGUCCUCACAGGGUACCGUAUCUCAUGGGAGGAGUUUAACCGCACCAACACACGGGUGACCCACUACCUUCCCAACGUGACCCUGGAGUACCGCGUCACGGGGCUGACUGCCCUCACCACAUACACCAUCGAGGUGGCCGGCAUGACCUCCAAGGGCCAGGGAAAACUGUCCUCCUCCACAAUCUCUUCUGGAGUACCUCCAGAGCUGCCUGGUCCUCCCACCAACAUGGCCAUCUCCAACAUUGGCCCUCGAUCCAUCACUCUCCAGUUCAAACCCGGCUAUGAUGGAAAGACCUCCAUCUCUCGCUGGCAGGUAGAGGCCCAGGUCAGUGUGAUAGGAGACAAUGAGGACUGGGUGAUUGUUCACCAGCUGCCGAACGAGCCUGAUGCCCGAUCCCUGGAGGUGCCAGGACUAAACCCAUACACAUUUUACAGGUUCCGUAUGCGUCAGGUGAACAUUGUGGGGACUAGUCCUCCCAGUCAGCCCUCCAGGAAGAUCCAGACCUUGCAGGCCCGUCCAGAUAUGUUCCCCGCUAACGUCACCCUGCGCACGGCCAGCGAGACCAGUCUGUGGCUCCGAUGGGUGCCCCUACCAGAGUGGGAGUACAAUGGGGACCCAGAGGUGGUGGGCUACCGGGUCCAGUACUCCCGCACAGGCUCCCAGGGUAGGGCGCUGACCCAUGUGAUCGCUGACCGGCUGGAGAGGGAGUUCACCAUCGAGGACCUGGAGGAGUGGACAGAGUACGAUGUCAGGGUUCAGGCUCUCAACGGCAUCGGGGCCGGACCCUGGAGCCAGCCUGUCAGAGGAAGGACCAGGGAGUCUGUCCCCUCCUGUGGCCCUACCAACGUGUCAGCCUUUGCCACAACCUCCAGCAGUAUCCUGGUGCGCUGGUUUGAAGUACCAGAACCAGAACGGAAUGGGCUGAUCUUGGGAUACAAGGUGUUGUAUAGGGAGAAGGACUCUGACUCGUCCCUCCAGUUGUGGACAGUGGAUGGGAACGCCAGCCACAGUGUCCAGCUGACUGGUCUGGGGAAAUAUGUCCUCUAUGAGAUCCAGGUCCUGGCCUUCACCCGCAUCGGAGACGGCAUGCCCAGCUCACCACUCAUACUGGAGAGAACUCUGGACGAUGUGCCCGGCCCUCCAGUGGGCAUCCUGUUCCCUGAGGUCCGGACCACCUCGGUGCGUCUCAUCUGGCAGUCCCCGUCCCAGCCUAAUGGUAUCAUCCUGGCCUAUCAGAUCACAUAUCGUCUGAACUCGACCAAUAGCAACACGGCCACAGUGGACGUCUUAAACCCGAGUGCUCGCCAGUACAUGGUGACUGGCCUGAAACAAGAGUCAGUGUACGUGUUCCGCAUCACAGCCCAGACACGCAAGGGCUGGGGGGAGGCUGCAGAGGCACUGGUGGUCACCACCGAGAAGAGAGCUCGCCCUCAGCCCACCGGUCGUCCCAUGGUGCCCCAAGAGAAUGUUCAAGCCCGCAGCGUGUUGUUGUCAUGGGAAGCAGGCAGCGAUGGCCUCUCUCCGGUCCGCUACUACACCGUGCAGCUGAGAGAACUGCCCGACAGCAACUGGACCGUCCACUCUGCCUCGGUCAACCACGAGUCUAGCUUCUACAUAGUUGGCAGGCUGAAGCCCUUCAUCUCCUACCAGUUUAGAGUGAAAGCCACCAACGACAUAGGAGACAGUGAAUACAGCGAGGAGAGUGAAGUUAUCACCACACUACAGGACGCCCCUGACGAAGCCCCCACAAUCCUCUCUGUCACACCACACACAACUACAUCCGUGCUGAUUCGCUGGCAGCAUCCGUCUGAGGAGAAGAUUAACGGUAUCCUCCUGGGUUUUCGGAUACGAUACCGGGAGCUCAUGUACGACCGCCUCCGCAGCGUCUCCGUACGCACCGCCAACAGCCCCUCCAAUACAUGGACCGAGCUCAACUCCCCCUACAGCGUGAGAAACCUGAGCGAGUCCUCUCUCACCCAGUAUGAGCUGGAUAACCUGAGCAAACACAAGCGCUAUGAGAUCAGGAUGAGUGUGUAUAACGCCGUGGGGGAGGGACCAACCAGCACACCACAGGAAGUGUUUGUAGGAGAAGCAGUACCCACUGCCCCACCUCAGAACGUAGCCAUCCAAUCGGCAACGGCCACCCAGCUGGAUGUGACGUGGGAGCCUCCUCCAUUGGACUCUCAGAACGGAGACAUCCAGGGAUACAAGGUGUACUUCUGGGAGAUCCAGCACAAGAAUGAGACGGAGAGACUGCGCACCCUGUUCCUGCCAGAGGGAGGGGUCAAGCUGAAGAACCUGACUGGAUACACGACCUACAUGAUCAGUGUGGCCCUUUUCAAUGCAGCAGGGGAUGGGCCCCGAAGCCCCCCAACCAGGGGCCGUACACAACAGGCUGCCCCCAGCGCUCCCAGCUUCAUCCACUUCAGUGAGCUGACUACCACGUCGGUCAACGUGUCCUGGGGUGAGCCCACCUACCCCAAUGGCAUUCUAGAGGGCUACCGGCUGGUCUACGAGCCCUGCACCCCUGUUGACGGCGUCAGUAAGAUAGUGACGGUGGACGUCAAAGGGGCCCCGUUCUGGAUGAAAAUCAAGGACCUGGCUGAUGGGGUGACCUACAACUUCAGGAUCCGGGCCAAGACGUUCACAUACGGGCCUGAGGUGGAGGCUAACAUCACCAUGGGGCCUGGGGAAGGAGCCCCGGGCCCCCCUGGAGAGCCUUUCAUCUCCCGGUACGGCUCAGCUCUUACCAUCCACUGGUCUAACGGUGACCCCGGGAUUUCGCCUAUCACACACUAUGUCAUCGAGGCCAGACCUUCAGAUGAGGGCUUGUGGGAUAUCUUGAUCAAGGACAUCCCCAAGGAAGUCACGUCAUACGCCUUCAACAUGGACAUUCUGAAGCAAGGGGUUAGUUAUGACUUCCGGGUUAUUGGCGUGAACGACUAUGGCUACGGGUCUCCUAGUCCACCCUCAGCCUCCAUAUCUGCCAAAAAGGUGGCACCAUUCUACGAGGAGUGGUGGUUCUUGGUGGUGGUGGCCCUGGUAGGUCUUAUCUUCAUCCUCCUUCUGGUCUUCAUCCUUAUCAUCAGAGGACAGAGCAAGAAGUACGCCAAGAAAUCUGACUCAGGGAACAACUCCAACUGUAAUGCCCUGACACAUGGAGAUAUGGUCAGCCUGGACGAGGGACGCUUCCCCGCCCUGGAACUCAACAACCGACGGCUGUCCGUCAAGAACUCCUUCUGCCGUAAGAACGGUGUCUAUACCAGGUCUCCUCCCCGGCCCAGCCCAGGCAGUCUCAACUACUCUGACGAGGAUUUGAGCACCACCAAGUACAACGAUCUGAUCCCAGCUGAGAGCAGCAGCCUGACAGAGAAACCAUCUGAGAUAUCAGACUCUAAGGGCAGUGACAGUGAGUACGAAGUUGACCAGCACAGACAGAAGACACACUCCUUUGUGAGCCAUUACAUCAGUGACCCCACCUACUACAACUCCUGGCGCCGCCAGCAGAAGGGCAUCUCCCGGGCACAGGCCUACAAUUAUACAGAAUCAGAGUCGGGUGACCCGGAGCCCUGCGCCCCGUCACCACCCCUGCCUCCGCUGCCACCCCAGCUCACCUCCACCACCCCUCUACCCCAGACCCAGCCCCAUGGUCAACCCCAGGGCCUCACACCCCAGGGCCUGUUCAGGCCUAAAGGCAGCCGGACUCCCACCCCCUCUCAGCAGCUCUCCAACUCCACCCCUCCCAGCCACUCCAACACCCUGUCCUACUGGCCCCCCAGCAGCCCCAGCCCAGCCCCUGGAUCUCGGGCCCCCAUCGCCGGGUUCUCCUCAUUCGUUUGAUUCCGAGAGGGAUCUGUGUUCCCUUCUGAAAACAAAACCCACCCUGCUGCCCAACGUGUCUAGAGAGUAAAUACCCAAUACAAAAGAAACCCUCGGAAUCCACCAUAUUGUUUUCUGUUUCUCCAUUUUUUCUUACUUGUUUUUCUUCUUUCCUUUUUAUUACUGAGUUGUGUUUUAAGGCUCAUACUGUACACAGACAUGACAGAAGUUACAUACUUUAUUCCAGUACAUUGUUCCUCUUGUGUGCGUGUGCUGGUAUAGUUUUAUUUGUGUGCGUGUGCUGGUAUAGUUUUCUUUAACCCAUAGACAUCUGCUGAGAACAAGACAGUAUCUAUUCAUGUUUCUGUUUGAUUGAUUUGCAUUGGUUUCAAUGUAUUAUUUAUUUUCUCUAUUUCAUUGUUACACUUCUACACACAUACAACAAGAGAAUAAUUUAGUUAGAUACUGUAAAAAGGCAAGAGUUUAUUGGAAAAAAUAUCUACAAGACGAUAAAAGUGUCAUAGCGUCAAUCCACACUCGGAUAACAAGCACCAAUGAAACUGGGAUCCCAAAAUGGAGCCAUACAAGCGAGCGAAACCAGUAGAGUUUGAAGGACGGAAAGAGGAACAGGGUACAGAAAAGACAAAGUAAUGAAAGUGAGGAGGAAGGGGGAGAUUGAGGCUGAAAUGAGUCCACUGGCAGUCGUUAAAUGCCCAGUCCUGUCCAAUUAGGUUAAUUAAGUUUCUGGGUGUUACUGUGAGAUAUGUUAGUGACCUCCCCCUGUUUAACCUAUGGACCAUGAUCCUCAGCAGUUAUCUGGGCUGGCCUAUAGGGUACGCACUAUUGUGUCUGACAGCAUUUCGAUGUCACAGGCAGGUCACAUCUCUGUGCUGUACACCAAGUUCCUAGUUGCCUGCCCGCCUUGGCAGAUAUGGGAAAUGUACUGUAUGUCUGAAGUAAAAAUGUUGAGGUUGGUCUGCAACUUCGUUGUGUCCUUUAGUGGAUCAGACAUGCCAUGGUUGAUUAUAACUAGGGAUUCAUAUUUCCCUGAAAAUGUUCCCUUACAAGCCAUUCUCAGGCAUCCCAGUAUUCCUGUUGAAAGCGGAAGUGCUAUUUAAAAGCAUAUAAUACCAGCGAAGGAAAUCUGACAUAAUUCUACCACUGAAAAAUAUACGCAGGAAUCUAACAGUUUCUUGAUUUUGUCUCAUUUUCAUCAACUAAAAGUUCUCAAAGUCUCCACACUAUUUCGUUGAUGUAAUCUAGUUUUAAUGGAGGCAUAUGAAGCACUGUUGGUCCACUUGUAAAAUAUCCAGAGGUUAUUACAGCCUAGUGAAAACGUCAUUCAUUUUAGCCUACCAUUGACGGAAAGCUUGUUGGUCCUUUCCUCUCACUAUUAUGGGAAUGAGGCCAAGUAGUGGUUGUUUUGACAACAGUUUAGUCAUUUAGCAGACUCUCUUAUCCAGAGGGACUUACAGGAGCAAUUAGGGUUAAGUGAAAUGCUCAUGGGCACAUCAGAUGUUUCACCUCGUCGGCUCGGGAUUCAAACCAGAAAUCUUUCAGUUACUGGCCCAAUGCUCUUAACCGCUAGAAUACCUGCCGCUUACUAUGUUGGCUUAGUGUUAGGGAAUGUAGUCUGAUGCUGCGCUAAACAAACAGAAAAGCAAAUGGCCGCAGUAGCGGAGAUUCAGCACCAUGGUUUAUCAAUUCCCUGCAGAUCAUUAAAAUCAUGCUCUCACUUUUGUUUGUGUAACAUCAUGGAACAACGAUGCAAAUGUCUAUUUCCUUGAUUGCUUCUGCGGACACAAUGUAUCAGCUGUUUUGUUAACAGUGAGUAGCAGUUUAUAUUUUGGAGCCUCUGCCAAAGCUAGUUUGGAAAUUUUUGAACGUGAGAUUGAGAUUCAACGCAGUUAUGGUAAGCAAAGGUCACAUGUAGUCUGCUACAGUUUCAUGAUAGUCAACGAUGCCAGUUAAAGGGAAUCUAUUGGGGACUUGUGUUGCGUAGUCUGAAUUGGUAGGCCGCUAGCAUUGUGAUCAGUGGUCUAAUGUGUGGAUGAAGUCAGAUAGUUAAAAUCUGUUUAAUAUUUUUCCAUAGAAAUUAUAAAGUGCCUUUAGAAAGUAUUCAGAUCCCUUGACUUUUUCCACAUUUUGGUAGGUUGCAGCCUUAUUCUAAAAUGGAUUAAAUGUUUUUUCCCCCUCAUGAAUCUAAACACAAUACCCCAUAAUGACAAAGCUAAAACAGGAUUUUAGAAUUAUUUGCGAAUUUAUAAAAAAUAAAAAACAGACAUCAAAUGUAUAUAAGUAUUCAGACCCUUUACUCCAUACUUUGUUGAAACACUUUUAGCAGCGAUAACAGCCUUGAGUCUUCUUGGGUAUGAUGCUACAAGCUUGGCACACCUGUAUUUGGGAAGUUUCUCCCAUUCUUCUCUGCAGAUCCUCUCAAGCUCUGUCAGGUUCAAUGGAGGGAAUUGCUGCACAGCUAUUUUCAGGUCUCUCCAGAGAUGUUCAAUCGGUUUCAAGUCUGGGCUCGAGCUAGUUCACUCAAGGACAUUCAGAGCCACUCCUGCGUUGUGUUGGCUGUAUGCUUAGGGUUGUUGUCCUUUUGGACGGUGAACAUUCGCCCCAGCAGCAGGUUUUCAGAAAGGAUCUCUCUGUACUUUUCUCCGCUCAUCUUUGCCUCGAUCCUGAAUAGUCUCCCAGUCCCUGCUGCUGAAAAACAUGUCCACAGCAUGAUGCUGCCACCACCAUGCUUCACUGUAACGAUCGUGAUAGGUUCCCUCCAGAUGUGACGCUUGGCAUUCAUGCCAAAGAGUUCAAUCUUGGUUUCAUCAGACAAGAGAAUCUUGUUUCUCAAUGUCUGAGAGUCUUUGGGUGCCUUUUGGCAAACUCCAAGCAGGUAUACACGUGUCUUUUACUGAGUGUGGCUUCCGACUCUACCAUAAAGGCCUGAUUGGUGGAGUGCUGCAGAGAUGGUUGUCCUUCUUGAAGGUUCUCUCAUCUCCACAGAGGAACUCUGGAGCUCUGUCAGCAUGACCAUCGGGUUUUUGGUCACCUCCCAACCAAGACCCUUCUUCCCGAUUGCUUAGUUUGGCCAGCUGGCCAGCUCUAGGAAGAGUCUUGUUGGUUACAAACUUCUUCCAUUUAACAAUGAUGGAGGCCACUGUGUUCUUGGGGACCAUGCUGCAGAAAUUCUUUGGAAUGCUUCCCAAGAUAUGUGCCUUGAAACAAUCCGGUCUCGGCUCUCUACGGACAAUUCCUUCGACCUCAUGCCUUGGUUUUUGCUCUGACAUGCACUGUUGAAUGUAAGACCUUAUAUAGACAGGUGUGUCUCUUCAAAUAAUUUCCAAUCAAUUGAAUUUACAACAGGUGGACUCUCAUCAAGUUGCAGAAACAUCUCAAGGAUGAUUCAUGGAAACAGGAUGCACCUGAGCUCAAUUUCGAGUCUCAUAGCAAAGUGUCUAAAUACUUAUGUAAAUAAGAUAUUUCUGUUUGUCUUUUAAUACAUUUGGAAAAAUAAAAAUAAAAAAUGUUUUCGCUUUGUCUUCAUGGGGUAUUGUGUGUAGAUUGACGAGGACAGUUUUUUAUUUAAUACAUUUUAGAAUAAGGCUGUAACCUAACAAAAUGUGGAAAAAGUCAAGGUCUGAAUUCUUUCCAAAAGCACUGUGUAUUAUUGUUCCCGAUAUCCGGUCAUUUUUUUUUUUUU